AACCAGCUGAGCUAACUUCACUUGGAUGGCAGAUGGCUCGGGUUAUGUCAUAUUUAUCCUAUAGUUUUGGUUCAACCCUUUAUAUACGGUUGACAUAGUUUAAGCCAAAGAAGAGAAACCCUAGAUUGAGUGGGUGCGAGAGACGCUGUUGUUCAAUGGCAGAGCACUUGGCAUCUAUAUUCGGAACAGAGAAGGAUCGCGUCAACUGUCCGUUCUACUUCAAGAUCGGAGCUUGCAGGCAUGGAGAUCGAUGCUCCAGGCUUCACACCAAGCCCAGCAUCAGCCCCACCCUCCUCCUUUCCAACAUGUACCAAAGGCCUGAUAUGGUCACCCCUGGCGUCGAUCCUCAGGGCCAACCUCUCGAUCCUCGCAAAAUCCAAGAGCACUUCGAGGAUUUUUAUGAAGAUUUAUUUGAGGAGCUGAGUAAGUAUGGAGAGAUUGAAAGCUUGAACAUCUGUGACAAUUUGGCUGACCAUAUGGUGGGUAAUGUAUAUGUUCAGUUUAGAGAGGAAGAACAUGCUGCAAAUGCACUUCGAAAUUUGAAUGGAAGGUUUUAUGCAGGGCGUCCCAUCAUUGUUGACUUCUCCCCAGUUACGGAUUUCCGUGAAGCUACAUGUAGGCAAUAUGAGGAAAAUAUAUGCAAUCGCGGCGGCUACUGCAACUUCAUGCAUCUGAAAAAGAUUAGUAGGGAGUUGAGGAGGCAAUUGUUUGGGAGAAACAGGCGUAGGCGCAGUCGAAGCAGAAGCCGCAGUCCAUACAGACACCGUGGUCAUGAGGAGCAUCCACAUGGUCCUCAUGGUCCUCAUGGUCCACAUGGUCCACAUGGUCCACGUGGUCCACGUGGCUCUAAUAGAAGAGAUGAUGACAGAGAUCAUCGUUACCAUGAUAGGGGGGGUAGGAGGCCUAGAAGCAGAAGUCCUGCACGUAGAGGGGGACGAAGCAGAAGCCCUGGUGGAAGAAGGAAUAAGAGUCCAGUCAGGGAAGGCAGUGCUGAGAGAAGGGCUAAGAUUGAGCAAUGGAAUAGGGAAAGAGAACAGGCAGAAGCUACUAAUAAGAAUGAUAAUAGCCACAGUGACAAUGGUAACAACAACAAUGACUUUGAACAAGAUGAUCAACAGUAUUAUAAUCCACAGCAUCAGGAGGAGGACCAGCAGCAGCAGCAGCAGCAUGGAGGAUACAACUAUUGAUCCAAUUGGAACUGUCUGGUGGAGUACAGGUUCACUGUCCUGUGAUAUUGAAAGUAAAAACCCUUUUUUUCUUCUAUAUUUUUUCCUUUCCUAUCCAAAAUAAAAAACAAAAUGAAUGGAAACUAACAAAUAGGAAGAAAAGAUCUCCUGGUUACUUGGGUGCAUACAUUGACAAUUUGAAACCUUCAGCAUUUUUGUUGAGACACUUGCAUAAAACCAAUGUUUUCCAUUCUUCAGAAAAAUCCAAAAGCAAAAUUUCCUUUUAUUUUCCUUAACUAUCUUUUUGUGCAGAUUUUUGGACAUUGAUGUAUUAAUCCAAAUUAUAUAUUAUAAGAAUUACUCGUAAGUCAUUGUGGAAAAUAUUUUUCAUUUUUGUCCUGAAACUUGGGCAUUUACCUCUGUUCCUUGUUUUGCUAAGUAGCAUGUUUAUGUGAAAAGAAAAAUUGCUUUUGGAGCAAGGUAGAAAAGAGAUUAAAAAACAACUAGAUUUUAACAUUUUCCUUGUUGAAGGAAUUCUAUUAGCAUUGGAUGGGAUUCUUUGUAACUACUUCAAUUUCAUUAUCUUACUUAAAAUUCUUGCACAUGAAUUUUUCUUUUUCACAUUUGAAAUAUCUACUUAAAGCUAUAAUUUUCUAACCAUUAGAGUCUCUUUAGAGCACAGGGAAAGAGGCAUGUGGUUUUGUGUACAGAUGUUUAAUUGGGUGUCGUUUAAAUUGGCUUUUGAGAGUUGUUUUUAACUCCCCUAAACCCCAAUUUCAACUGAAAGGACACAAACAAAAAAUUGUUCGGUCCACUGCUCAAUCUUAACCUGAAUCCUUUGAUGACAGAAGAUUUACAAAGUGGAGCAGACAAUCAAUUCUUACAGGGUUUUAUCAGUCCUUUGCUUUGUAUUCUUUAGUGAGAGUUAUGAUCUUACAUACUUUACGAGUUUUGCAGGUUCAGGUAUUCCUGCUUCCCAGGAUCGGGCCUCAAUUUUUAUGGCAGCUUACCAUGAUAUUUGUAUACAGGUUGGUUGGCUGAUGUUGUCUGCAGAGCAAGUUUACAGGAUUUAACGUUUUACAUGGCGAAGAAUUGGAGAAGCUGCUGAACCAUCUGAACAAGAAAAAUACUCAACAUCUUUGUGAUUGCUUGUUGAGGUCUGUUGAAGUUAACCUAUAGAGCGAGGACAAACAGUUUGGAACCUAAAUAGCAAGUUUGCUUUUAUCAAAGCUUCACCCAGUUGUUUUAUUUCCUUUUUUUGGAUUAUGUUUUUGUGAUGACAUUAUUAGGCAUUUUCAGUGGCAUUUCAAGCACUUUCUGGGGUC